AUGAACUGAACGUGUUCAAGAUAGAGAUUGAGAGUGAUACGUGUUACGAAAGCAGAGCGACAUUCUCGAAUUAUAAGUAUUCUGAUGUAAAGCAAGAACUAGACACUGUCAGACUGUUACUUAAUCAAGAAACUUUGAUCCGAAUGUCACAAGAGAAGACAUUAAAAGAUUUAACCAAAGAGGCCGAGGAAUGGAAGGCCAUCACUCAGGAUAAUAAAAACAAAAACGUUCCAGUAUCAAAGUUGUAUGUCCAGUCUAUAAUAAACGAAACUACUGAAGUCCAUGCCCAGAGAUUAGCAGAUGCGUUAAAUAAAUUGAAAUCACUGGAGAGAAAGCUCAAAUUAUAUAGAAAAGAAAAUACGGACUUAUGGCGGAACAAAAUAGAAGGCGGAACUCCGACUUAUGUGAGAUGGGGUAGAAGUACUUGCAACAAUGGAUCAAAAUUACUUUAUGUUGGUCAAGCUGGUGGAACAUUUUACAAUUCAAAGGGAGGGGCCGCUAACCCAUUGUGUCUCACAUAUGAUGUUUUGUGGGGAUACCGAACAAAAUCCCCACAUUCUGCCAGAUUGCAUGGUGCUGAGUACGAAACCAACUUUUGGGGACCAAACUUUGAUGACACGGACGUCCCCUGCGCAGUCUGUCAACUAAAAAUAAGUACACACGUACUCAUGAUUCCCGGAAGAAAUAAGUGUCUUAAGGGAUGGACAGAAGAAUAUCACGGAUAUCUAUCAUCAGAAACUCACUCUGGUGACAGAUCACGGGGAUUCUACACGUGCGUAGACGAGAGCCCCGAGCAGAUUAAAGGAGGUUCAGGAAAUGCUAAUGGUUUCCUGUUUUACGAUGUGGUGGCCAAAUGUGGAAGUUUGAAAUGUCCUCCGUAUAUUAACAACAAACCAAUUACAUGUGUUGUCUGCUCACAAUGAUAACAAACAUCGUUGUAAGCCUUCAAUUUGGCUAUUCAAGUUUGUGACUGUAGAACAAGUCUUUCUUCUGCAGUUUCCAUUGAACUCUAAUUUAUUUCAUCCCCCCCUUUGUCUUUCUAGAUUUAGAUUCAUUUUAGUGUUCAUUAACGAAGCCAAAGCUAAUUGGAAA